AUGUCUGAGAGCUCAACUCCACUAGAAGCUUUACUCUUCUAUGCUCAAAUGCUUUCUUCAUUGAAAAACUUGGACCGCGUCGAGUUUUUGCUGCCUGCAUUGCUUAAAGCAUGCAGCAAGUCACGUGCUUUGGAGGAGGGGAGGCAAGUUCAUGGCCAGAUAGUGAAAUCCCAGAUGUUGUUUGAUCCGUAUGUUGCGAAUGCAUUGAUUAGGAUGUACUCGGAGCUGGGUUGUAUUGGGUUGUCACAAAGGGUGUUUGAUAAAAUCCCUGAAAGAGAUCAAGUCUCUUGGAAUUCACUGAUUACUGGGUAUUUGAGGGUUGGGGAGAUUGAGCUGGCUCAAGGGAUUUUUAAUGAGAUUCCGGAGAGGGACAUGGUUUCGUGUAAUGCAAUGAUUGAUGGGUAUGUGAAGAGUGGGAAGUGUGAGCUUGCUGAGGAGGUUUUUAUGACAAUGCAGCAUAAGGAUGUGGUUACUUGGACGACAAUGAUUUCAGGGUAUGUGUUUAAUGACCGUCCGAAGGAGGCAUUGGGUUUGUUUAGGGAGAUGUUGAGUCAGGGCAUUCGGCCUGAUGCCCCGGCUCUUGUUAGUGUUCUGUCAGCCAUUGCUGACUUGGGUUUUGUUGAGGAAGGUAAAUGGGUGCAUACUUAUAUUCGUCUGAAUAAGAUUAGUUUGAGUUCAGGGUUUAUUGGAUCAGCUAUUGUAGAUAUGUAUGCUAAAUGUGGGCAUAUAGAGAAUGCUUAUAAUGUGUUUGAAAUUAUAUGUCAUUGUAGAAACAUUGGGGACUGGAACUGCAUGAUCUCUGGCCUUGCAAUGCAUGGCCUAGGUCAUGAAGCUCUGGACAUUUUCCUUGACAUGAAAAUGAAAGGAAUUGAGCCCGAUGAGAUCACUUUCUUGGGACUUCUUACAGCUUGUAACCAUGGAGGUCUAGUUGAUGAGGGUAGAUAUUGUUUUGAACUUAUGCAGGAUAAGUACAGACUUGUUCCUAAGAUUCAGCAUUAUGGAUGCAUUGUUGAUCUUUUAGGUAGAGCAGGGCACUUGGAGGAAGCGGUUAAUGUUAUACGGAAUAUGCCCCUAGAAGCGGAUGCUAUAGUUUGGAAGGCAAUUCUCAGCGCUUGCACGAUUCAUGGUAAUGUUGCAAUUGGGGAAAGUGCUGCCCUCAAGGCAAUAGAUUUGGCUCCAGAAGACUCAAGUUGUUACAUCCUCCUAUCGAAUCUUUAUGCCAAAGUUGGGAGAUGGGAUGAUGUGGCAAAGGUUAGAUUGAUGAUGAAGCAGAGGGGAGUUCAAAAGAUUCCAGGAUCAAGUUCAGUCCUUGUGAAUGGGGAGGUUCAUGAAUUCCUUGUGGGGAAGGAAAUGAAUGUUAAAUACAGUAUUGAGGUUCGUACCAAGAUAGAUGAGGUUGUCACUAGGUUGAAAUUGGAAGGAUACAAACCCGAUUUGUCUCAAGUCCUUUUGGAUAUUGAAGAGGAAAACAAAGAGGACUCACUUUUUCUACACAGCGAGAAGAUGGCCCUUGUAUUUGGACUAAUAAACACAAGCAAGGGUUCUCCUAUUCAUAUAGUGAAGAACCUGAGGAUUUGUUGUGAUUGCCAUUCAUUUAUCAAGCUGGUUUCAAAAGUUUAUAAUUGUCAAAUUGUUGUGAGAGACCAAAACCGUUUCCAUCAACUCGAGAAUGGUUCGUGUUCCUGCAAAGACUUCUGGUAA